AUGGAGGAGAAGUUCAUCACGGCAUUCAACGAAGCUCUCCCAACUCAAUGGCCGUCCUUCGCAGAAAACCCGAAGGUCAAGAUUACCGUGCUUAAUAUGGGACUCCAUGCGGUCCCUGCCACGACCAAAUUCCAAUUAGUUGUCUCACCUGCCAACUCCUACGGCCGCCUGGACGGCGCCUUUGAUGAUGCGAUCUCGCGGAAAUUCUGCCGGCCACAUCAUCCUUAUGACACACUCACGCGCGCAGCGCAGCAAGUGCUUUACGAAAAAUGGAGAGGCUUUGCGCCCCCGGGAUCUUGCACGCUGGUCCCGUUCCCUAAAGAUAUGGAAGGCACAAAUGCUUGGGGUUGUAAAUGGGUAGCUAUUUGUCCGACCAUGCGAGCACCAGAUAACGUUACGUGGGACCGAGAAGUGGUGUACGAGUGUGCGUGGAGUUUGCUAUGUCAACUGGAAAGCUGGAACCAUGACCGAACCGAGGACAGGAUCGACAGCAUACUGAUGACACCACUGGCGACGGGGGUUGGGCGUGUAAGUCCUCAGAGAUGGGCAUCGCAGUUCAUCCUAGCGAUGAAGCAUUUCGUGGAUGCGUUGGAACGACCAGAGAGAUGGAGUCAAUUGGGAUGGAGGGACAUCGAAGAGGGUGUGCUGGAAGUCGAAGAAACAUGGAAAGAAUAA